AUGUUUCCAAGCAGACCACCUGGGCCCUCUGGGCCGGGGGGUUCAUGCAAGUUUACUGUAGUAGAAACUUGUGAUAGAAUAAAAGAAGAGUUCACUUGUAUACAACAGCAAAAUCACUCGCUGCAGCUGGAAAGAGAAAAGCUUCUCAGUGAGAGGUCAGACAUGCAACGAAUUUGUGUAAUGUAUUAUGAGAUGGCUAAUGGUUUAAACCUAGAAAUGCACAGACAAAUGGAAAUAGCUAAAAGAUUAAGCGCUAUCUUGACUCAAGUAUUGCCAUUCCUAUCACAAGAGCACCAAUCCCAAGUUCUUUCAGCUAUUGAAAGAGCCAAACAAGUGACAAUGCAGGAAUUAAACUCUGUAUUGGCAGCACAAAUAGAAGAUGUCAAGUCCUCGAAGUUCUUCAACGGAAAUAAUAUGGGGCUCCCAUUAGAACAGUUCGAAGCAUACAAGCAGCUGUCUGUUAUUGGGGGUGCUAACCCAGGCGUUUCCGGUUUACAUGCUUCUAAUUUGACUUCUAACCAUUCUGCGGGCAGUACAUCGUCCAGCACCCCUGGAUCUCUCCAGUCAGGGUCAGCUAACGCACAGACGUCCAGUCUGCUUCCAUCUCUUUCUCCAUCUGGUAAUCCGUCAGUUUCAGCGGCACUGUUGAAUGGCUUGAUGUCAGCAGCCGGUGCAGCAUCUGUUGGGCCGGGAGCCCUUAUGCUACAGUCUUCUGGUUCAAGGAUAUCUCCACUUGGACGUGAAGCCGAAAAGUUAAUGAGUAAUGAAGAUAAACAACGCGCUGCUGCUGCUGCAGCGGCGGCGGCAGCAGCAGGUAGUUUCCUGUUAUCCAACCGCUCGUCUGGUAACGGCCCGUGUUUAGUCCCUCCACCGCCAAAUCCAAUCACUGGUUUGUUAGGUGGUUGUGGUGAGUUUCCUGGCUUUCCAGGCACAUUCCCGAUUAGUGCGGGUCUAGGAGGUGGCGAUAUUGGGAGGUCCCCUUCAUCUCUUCCACCAAUCUCUCAGCAGCCGUGUCGCGGUUCAUCCACGGAUGAUGCUGGGGGUCGAUCAAGCAACUCAGGUGGGAUUCAGUUAGGAUCUAAUUUUGCUGGCCUUCCUCAUUCGAGUUUAUCUGCACUGACCAAUCCCCUAUUGCUUCCUCCACCUAUGACUCCUACACCCGGCGGAAAUCUGGGUCUCAGCAGCUCAACCCCAACAAGUUCUUCAGUUAUGGAUGAAAAAAGACGCAAACUUAACGAGCCUAAGGAGGGUGGGCACGAAAAUGGCAAUUGGAGGAUGAAUGACGAUAUGCGCACUAUCCCAGAGAGAGGUCCAAAUCUUGGGGGUACUGGUCGUCGAAGUGGAAGCAGUCGUCAGCCUCUCAAUCUUAGUCCACAGCUUAGUUCCGGUCACAACACUACCUAUCCAACUACUUCAAGUGCACCUGCAGUCGGCACUGCCAACGCGAAUUCUGGACGUCCAUCUCAGGCGUCUGAGGUCCCAGCUUCAACCCGGUGGAAACAAUCAUCUAAAAAUGUUCAGUCUGGUCCCGGUGCUUAUUCAUUCAUAGUGUUGCCUAAUGGACAAACUCGACCGUGUGCAUUGGCGUCCGCUCCCGGAGCGACUACUGCUCAGGGAUUGCCUCGUCGACUUCAACACCUUGCUAGUUUACCUCAUGGUGACGUCGUUUGUGCUGUCACUUUAGGCCCAUGUCCAGUAGGACGUGCUUCUUCAUUGGCCUCAGCUGAUACCUGUAUUGGAUCUCGUAAUGCUGGAAGUGAUACUGAUAGUGUUACAGUUGGUUCUCCAGGUUCAAAUCACACCACUUCCAUCCCCGCCCACUUUGCCUAUACUGGUGCUCGAGGCAGCGUCAAGUUAUGGGAUCUUGCAUCGAUUAGUGCUAACUCUGGAACUGCCCCACUUGCUAAUAGAGAUAUUACUCCCCUUGCUACUUUUGACUGUUUAUGCUACGACAGCUAUGUUAGAUCUAUCAAACUUUUCCCGGAUGUUUCUGGUCUUAUAGUUGGUGGUGAAUCUAACGCACUCACUGUUUGGGAUUUAAAUGGUCCAGGACGACGUAAAGCUGAAUUGACAUUUGAAGCGCCUGCUUGCUAUGCACUUGCACUUUCGCUUGAUGGAAAACUGGCCUAUAGUUGCUGCUCCGAUGGCCAAGUUGCUGUUUGGGAUAUACAUAAUCAGAGUAUUGUUCACCAGUUUCAUGGACAUGUUGAUGGGACAUCAUGUGUUGAAAUUACUGGAGAUGGGAAUCGUUUGUGGACAGGUGGUUUAGAUCAUAAAGUCCGUUGCUGGGAUAUUCGUGGAAAUCCUUCACGAGAUGUCUGUCACAUUGAAUUCAAGUCCCAAGUGUUUUCACUUGGCUUAUCUUCACAUAUGGCCCCAACUCGGCGCCAAGCUGAAUCAGUCUCUCCAGUUUCGGUUGACGGAGAGUCUACCUCUAGUGGUGGUGCUGGUGCUGGAGGAGGUACUCGCGACACAGUUAGUCCACAGUCGUUCGUCAGUGGAAGCAAUAAGUCACUAUCAAUUGAAAGCUGGUUAGCGGUGGGUUUGGAGUCAUCUGAGGUUGAAGUUCUAGCUAUAGGACCAGAUGGACCACCUGUUUCAGCAUUCCCUGUUAAUUAUAAUGUACCACGUGAAGAAUCUGGAAGUGGGAGUGGUAAUCCUUCCCCAAUAUCCCAUCAUACUGGAUCUAAUCAACCUCAACAUUUUCGUCUUACUCAUCAUGAAAGUUGUGUGUUAGCUUUAAGGUUUGCACAUCAUGCUGACUGGUUCCUUACAACAGGUAAAGAUCAUCAAGUUAAUGCUUGGCGAACUCCAUAUGGUGCCUGUCUUCUUGAAACGAAAGAAGCGGCGUCAGUUCUAACAUGUGACAUAUCCUUAGAUGAUAAAUUUGUGGUUACCGGUUCCGGGGAUAAGCGUGCAAAUUUGUAUGAGGUUAUCUUCACUUCUCAACGAUAA